GGAAAACCGCCCAAGGAAAACCCUACCCGGCUAAUCGGACGUAACGUUUAUAGGAUCACCGGGGAUAACCGGACACGUCUCGACGAUGGAUAAACAGCGGGGACUUAUUUUCGUAACCGGAUUAACGCUUCUUUUCCUGCAAGUCGCUACCUGCCUUCAAAUCAGCGACCUACGGGUACCGGCUUCCUUCAUUGUGAAUCGGGAAAAUAGUGAAAGCAAUCCACUAAUCCUGGGCUGCGAUUACGAAGUCGACGAAAGCGAAACGAAGGGUUUCGUGCUGAAAUGGAAGCACAACGAUCUGACGAUCUACCAGUGGAUCCCGACGAGGAACCCCGUUGUGUUUAGCUCUUUCAAAGGACACAUUGACAUAAACUACUCGGAGUCGGACGAUCGGUUGCACAAAUACAGCUCCCUGAAGAUCAUCAAUCCCAUGGCGAACUAUACCGGAAACUACACCUGUCAGGUCCAAACGUACGCCGGUCUCGACACCAAGACGGCCCAUCUGAACAUCAUCGUCCCCGAGACCGACUUUUCGUUGGGCUACCAGCGGGAAACCAAUGGCAGCACGGUGGUGUUCUGCAAUGUUGGAGAAAUAUAUCCCCUGCCGGAUGUUUCCUUGUUGAUCGAUGAACAAAAGGUAUCGGACGUCGUUGUGAGCGAACAGGUUCAGGAUUAUACCGGUUACUACAACGUUAGUGUGCAGUACAUACUGCCGGAUCAGAACAAGAAUAUGGACAUCGAGUGCGUGGUGACGAUACCGACGACCGACUAUAAGCUACAAACCAGUAUGCCUUACGUUGGUGGGGCCUUCCGUGUGAAUGCGGCCAUGCUCCAAGUGUUCGUGUUCACCAUUACCACUGCAGUAUUUGCGCGAAUGCUGAGCAUGUUCUAAUAAUGGCAGAUAGAAGAAAGGCGCCGCUAGCCCUCUCUGGGACCCACCUUAAAGAAUGCCUUUUAGCGUCAAGUAGAUGAAACGUUUAGCCUAAAUUUGUCUUCCCGUUACUUUCUCCCAAGCGAUGCUACGACAGCGAGGACUGUUGCCAUGUUGUUUUUCGCUCCUUGCAAGAUCAACUGUUUACACUGUUCCAUCUCAUGGUACCGUCUAAGGAUUGGCGAUCCGUUCACGUCAUGGGUCGUUUUGGUGAUUUUUGCUUCUUAUUGCGCUUAUAGUAUGUUUCGUCAAACGAAAAGCUGUGUGCCUUGGGCCGGUUGUUUUAGCACAACGAGAUCCCGGAAUGGAAGCGUGAAUGCAUGAUUCAAAUGUAAAUGUAUUUAAAGUAUAUUUUUAAAAAGUUUAAAUUAUUAACCUCUGUGGCACAAAACGGAACGUGGCCAAAAGAGCUAUGUGAGCGGGAAAACCAUUUGUUACAGCAUAAUUACGGUGAAAUCUGGAAUAUAGGAAUUAAGGAGAAAACCGUGUCAUCGAUCGGACUAGGUGUAAACGAAUGCGACAGUACUGCGCUCGUGAUGACAGAUUGUGUUUGUAGUUAAAUCUAUUAUCGUAAUUACGACAGUGCGAUGAUAAUUUUGUUGUACAUUACAUGUUACCGAUUACAAUAAACUAAUCUAUAACGAGACAA